GUGUAAAAGGAAAGCUGCCUUCAGCACAGUAAAGUUUUUCUUCAUCGCAGCUAGGCUUUCAGGGCAACAUAGAUUAAACCAGGAAGGCUUACCAAAAUGGACCCAUUUUUGUCUCUCCUGCAUUCAUUUUCCAUGAGCUUAUCUGACAAUGAGCUCUCUGCCCUUAAAUUUCUGUGCCUGAGCAAAAUUGGCAAAAGGAAGCUUGAGUCUGUCAAAACUGGCAAUGAUCUCUUCACCAUCCUCCUUGAACAGCGGGAGAUUGCAAGAGAGAAGGUAGAUUUUCUCCAGCUCAUGAUCAAAACCAUUAAAAGAGAAGAUCUGAUAAUGCAACUACAGGAGUUCAUAGAAGGUGGACAAGGUGAUGUUGUCGACCAUCUAGAUGAGAAAGAAAAAUGUCAGCAGAAUGUAGCUUUUGAAGUUAUAUGUGACAAUGUUGGGAAGAACUGGAAAAUGCUAGUUCGAAGAUUAGGAAUUUCUGAUACAAAAAUUGACAGAAUUCUAACAGCCAAUCCUUAUAACUUGCAAGAACAAUUGAUGCAGUCACUUCGAGAGUGGCAGAAAUGGAAGGGAAAGGAAGCUAAGGUUGCUGACUUAAUAAAAGCCCUUCGGGAUUGCAAAAUGAACUUGGUAGCAGACAAAGUUGAACUUGAACUUUUCCAACGGGAGGACUAAAACUAAAUGAAAUCAAAACAAUAUAUAUAAAAUGCAACAUUAAAACUGAGAGCUUAAAUAAAAAGGGAGGGAAUGCUGUCUAAUUGUUAGAACAAGAGUUAGGAUACUCCAUCAUUGAUUUAGGAGCUUAAAUUCACAUUUAGAGACAUAGACUAAGACUUUCAGAAAACACUUAUGAUUUUGGGUCCUUAAUUUUUGGAUUCUCAAUCUGAGGCAAUUUAAAG